UUCCCGGCAGGGUUAUGAUGCCGUUGACAACAUUAAUUGUGUGAAACCCACCGUACGCUUACUAGUGCUCAGGAUACAAAAAAGGUUCACAUAAGAGAUCAAAUGGGUUAUCCGGUCCACUAUCCCGGGUAGAGUUCAGCUGGCAUAAAGUUCAUGAACACAAAACAAAGCCAGACACGCACUGGGGUCGAGUGUGUUUUUUCAUCAAGGCCAAGAUCGAGGUCUCGCAUCAAUGGUGCAGAAUUAACGAAAUUCUGCUUACUCAUAGUAGGUCAAAGGUAGCUUCACGGGAAGAUCACAUCGAUAAAGACAGACAAUAAGUGAACCCUGCCGGCUUUGGCAUCUAAAAAUAGUGCACAAAAAGUGUUAAAUAGCCAAAGCACUCUAUGCAAGUCACGGUGCAUACGACACUUGGUGGAGAUUCUGUUUAACAUAGCCCCGUGCCAUUGCGAGUAGUACUUUUAAUGGGAAAGGAUAAGUAACUUCACCAGUGACCAGUUGCGCCAGCAUUCAUUGCCAACAUGGGCCAGGCUGUGUCGUCAGAGGAAAUUGAGCGCUACUCCUCCAAGUUGAAGCCGGUGGAUUUCAGAACAUGGGAGGUGUACGACUACGAGGGAGUUUCUCUCUGUCUGGAUAAUCUCCCAAGCACCCUACAAGACCUGAAGACAUUGGAGAUCCGUCAAGAUGACGUCUUUGUCGUUACGUACUCCAAAGCAGGGACAACCUGGACGCAGGAGAUGCUGUCUUGUAUACUCCACGAUGGAGACUUGGAGACGGUCAACAAGAUGCACACAAUGAGAAGAGUUCCUUUCUUGGAAAUGAACUUCGGUGGCACAGUGCACAGUGAUUGUCCUCGACCUCACAAGAUCAUUGGUAAUAUGCCGAGGAGUUCUCCCCGCCUCAUCAAGUCGCACCUGCCGGGUCAACUCCUGCCUCCUCGGGUCUGGGAGAAGAAAGUCAAGAUUGUCUACGUCAUCAGGAACCCCAAGGAUUUAGCUACGUCUUACUUUCAUCACAUGCAACUGACAAAUCCCCAUCUUGACAUUCAGUGGGAUGAUUUCUUCGAGAAGUUCAAUAGUGGAAAGAUCGCCUAUGGAAAGUGGUGGGAUCAUUUUCUUUACUUCUGGGAAAGGAGAAACGAAGACCACAUUUGUUUUCUACGAUUUGAAGACAUAAAAAAGGAUCCGCGUGGUACGGUGAAAAAGCUCAGCGAGUUUCUGGGCAAAUCGUUCCCUGAUGACGUCAUCGAUGCCAUCACCGCCCAUUGCAGCUUCGCUAACAUGAAGAAGAACCCCAUGACCAACCCUGAUUCCUUGCUGGAGAUGGUGAUGGGGAAACAAGAAGGAAGAUCCUUCAUGCGCAAAGGUGUAGUUGGUGACUCCAAGACCCACCUGUCUGAAUCCCAGGCGGCAGCAAUAGACGCUGUGUGUAAAGAGAAGCUGGCACCAGCCGGUCUCACUUUUGACUAAUCUAAAAAAAAAAAUGAGACAAUUGAACCAAAUGGAGUGUGGUCUUUUUUAAGAAUCUUUGUUUUUAUAUGAACCGUUAAAAUGUAAAGCCGCGGAGUUUAGCUUUUAGGUUUGGCGUCUUUACAUCCUUUAGCUAUUGGAAUAGAUCAUGAAGCCAGUCUCUAUACCUUUGCAUUGAAAUCCCCUUUUUAUCAAAAAAAAUACACAAAAAUGUUGUUUCUAAAUAUUUUUAUAAGUAAACUUAGUCGAACAUUGAUGAAUGGAACUAAAUUGGUUAGACUAAUUAAAGAAGAAUUGGGCAUAGAGAAAAAAGACAACACAUUGUAGGAAAACUCCUAAG